AUGGCGCAGCAAGUGAUUCAGCUAAACCAAGAAAAACUGAGCUGUUCAAUCUGUCUGGAUCUUCUAAAAGAGCCGGUGACUAUUCCCUGUGGGCACAGCUACUGUAUGAGCUGUAUUAAAAAGUACUGGGAUGGGGGUGAUCAGAAGAAAACACACAGCUGCCCUCAGUGCAGGCAGAGCUUCACACCGAGGCCAGCCCUGGUGAAAAACAUCAUGUUUGCAGAGUUAGUGGAGGAACUGAAGAAAGUAGGACUUCAAGCUGCUUCACCUGAUCAUUUCUACGCUGGACCUGGAGACGUGGCCUGUGAUUUCUGCACUGGGAGGAAGUUGAAAGCCUUCAAGUCCUGUUUGGUGUGUUUGGCCUCUUACUGUGAACAGCACCUUCAGCCUCACUACGAUGUAGCUCUAUUAAAGAAACACACGCUGGUCAAAGCCACUUCAAAGCUUGAGCAGAACAUCUGCUCUCGCCAUGACGAAGUGAUGAAGAUUUUCUGCCGCACUGAUCAGCAGUGUAUCUGUUAUCUCUGCUCCAUGGAUGAACACAAAGGCCACGACACAGUCUCAGCUGUAGCAGAAAGGGCUGAGAAGCAGACAGAGCUCGGGGUGAGUCGUCAAAAAAUCCAACAGAGAAUCCAAAGCAUAAAGAAAGAUGUGAAGGUGCUUCAACAAGAGGUGAAGGCUAUCAAUAUUUCUUCUGAUAAAGCUGUUAGUAAGAGUGAGAAGAUCUUCACCGACUUGAUCCGUCUCAUUGAGAAAAGAAGGUCUGAAGUGAAGCAGCAGAUCAGAUCCCACCAGAAAACUGAAGUGAGUCGAAUCACAGAGCUCGAGGAGAAGCUGCAGCAGGAGAUAACUGAGCUGAGGAGGAAAGACACUGAUCUGGCGCAGCUCUCACACACAGAGGAUCACCUCCAUUUUCUGAACAACUACUCCUCUCUGUCACAUCUGAGUGAAGCAACACGUUUACCCAGCAUCAAUCCUCAAUCACAGCAGUAUAUUGAGGAUGUGACAGCGGCAGUGUCACGGGUCAGAGAUAAACUGCAGGCUGUUCUGAAUGAGGAGUGGGGAAAGGUCUCGCUGAAAAAUGCUGGAGUAGAAGUUUUACCGCUACAAGCAGAACCUAAGACCAGAGCUGAGUUCUUGAGAUAUUCACAAGAAAUCACACUGGAUUCAAAUACAGCACACACACUUUUGUCAUUGUGUGGCAGGAACAGAAAAGCCACAUUGAUGAGUGAGGACCAGCUAUAUCCAAGUCACCCAGACAGAUUCCUUGAAAUGUGGCAGGUCCUGAGUAAAGAGGGUCUGACAGGACGUUGUUACUGGGAGGUGAAGUGGAGUGGGAUAGUUUCUAUAGCAGUUGCAUACAAGGAUAUCAGCAGCAAAGGGACCAGGAAUGAAUGUGGAUUUGGAUACAAUGACAAAUCCUGGGCAUUAAGAUGUUACAGUGGUAGUUAUGAAUUCAGACAUAACAAUAAUUGUACCUCCAUCUCAGGCCCUCAGUCCUCCAGAAUAGGAGUGUACCUGGAUCACAGGGCAGGUACUCUGUCUUUCUACAGCGUCACUGGAACCAUGACUCUCCUCCACAGAGUCCAGACCACCUUCACUCAGCCUCUCUACUCUGGAUUCUGGCUUCCAAGUUGUAUUGGAGGCAAAGCUGAGUUGUGUGAACUCAAAUAGACAGGAGUGUUAGGUGUGAUUCAUCUGUGUAUGUUGAGGUUUGUGUGUACUGCAGAGAUCAAGUUUUCAAGUUUCCAAGAUCAGUUUUGUUGGUGUCAGCAAAUCAAUAAAAUUGUGAAAUGAAAAAAAAUAAUGGUACGGAUUCAACUAUUUUGUUUGAUGUAACUUGAUUGUUAUAUUUACCUGACAUGUUCAUUAUGUCCUGUGCAAGGAAAAUACUGCAUAUGCAAAAUGUUUAAUCAAAAAUCUUUUUUUUUUUGUUUGUCUUCUUUUGUCCUACUAAAAAUUUAAUUUGGUGAUUAUAUGAGCUACAAAGUGAAAAAAAUCCAUAUAUAUAAAAUUGUUUGUUUCAUCUGCCAAACAAAUGUAAUAUUAAGUUAAAUGUUUUCUUUUUAGGUGUUUUAUGUAUUCAUGAACAUAAUUUGUAGGAGUUAAACUUUUUAGUACCUACAUACUGUUGUCUGGAUCACACUGUGCUGCUGUUGUAAUGAUAUUGCAAAAUCACAUUACUUUUUAGGAGAAAGUAAAUGUUUUAAGAUGAUUAUUAUGAAAUUUAGCAAAAUUGGCUAAAGCGAUAUCAUUUUUAAAUACAAUCUUCUGAGAAAGAAUUUGCUAAACAGCUUUUAAAGUGUGUAUUAAAAGUGUUGUUACUUUUUAACAAUUUUAGGAAACAUCAGUGAAAAUGUAUUGCUCAAGAAUAUACAAAUAAAUAAAUUGUUUACCAGUCA